AUGGCCUCCUCGCCCUCGCCCUCGCCCUCCUUCCCCUUCCACGUCAGGGAGCACGUCGUCCCGGCGCAGCACAUCCGCGAGUUCCCCCGCGCCACCGCCGUGUCGCAGGACGACGUGCUGCGCAUCAGCGUGAAGCAGUACAUCCCCGUCGACAACCCGGACCCGCAGCCGGGCGACGUCACCAUCAUCGGCGCCCACGCCAACGGCUUCCCCAAGGAGCUCUACGAGCCGCUGUGGGCCGACCUGCACGCCCAGUCGCUCGCGUCCGGCCCCCGGGUCGGCCUUGACGACGGCGAGGGCGAGGGGAAGGACGGACGGAGCGGCGCUGCCCCUGCCGGUGGCUUCCGCAUCCGCGCCAUCUGGAUCGCCGACGUGUCCAACCAGGGCUACAGCGGCGUGCUCAACGAGCACGCGCUCGGCGACGAUCCGUACUGGCUCGACCACGCGCGCGACCUGCUGCACCUCACCAACGUGUUCCGCGCCGAGAUGCCGCGCCCGCUCGUCGGCGUCGGCCACUCGUUCGGCGCCGCCAUCCUCACGCACCUCUCGCUCCUGCACCCGCGCCUCCUCACCACCCUCGUCCUCCUCGACCCCACCAUCACCCUCUUCUCCCUCCGCGGGCCCGGCCCCUGCCCCGGCGAGUCCGCCGCCCGCGCCUCCGCCUUCCGCCGCGAGACCUGGCCCUCCCGCGCCGCCGCUGAGGAGUCCUUCCGCCGCUCCGCCUUCUACCGCUCCUGGGACCCCCGCGUCCUCGACGCCUGGGUCCGCCACGCCGUCCGCGAUACCCCGACCACGCUCUUCCCCGACUCCGCCGGCCGCGCCACCCUCCGCACCACCAGGCACCAGGAAGUCUUCACCUUCUUCCGACCCCUGUGGCCCUACGUCGACCCCGCCGACGGCUCCGUCGACCGCGACGGUGCGCCCGACUUCGACCCGGAGAUGCAGGACGACACGUCCGCAUUGGGCGCCACCGCCGCCGCCGCCGCCGCCGCCGCCGCGGUCUCCCCCCCGCCCCCUUCCGCCUCGCCCUCGUCCUCUCCCGCCGCGCCCUCGUCCUCUCCCGCCGCGACCUCCUUCUUCCCGUUCUACCGCUCCGAGGGCCCGAGCGUGCUCAAGCACCUGCCCGAGGUCCGGCCCAGCGUGCUCUGGGUCUUCGGCGGCGACAGCGACCUCAGCGACCCGGCCGCCCGCCGCCUCAAGACCGGGCGCUGCGGCGUCGGCGCCGGCGGCAGCGGCGGCGUCGCCGCUGGGCGCGUCGCCGACGUCGUCCUCUACGGCCGCGGCCACCUCUUCCCCAUGGAGGCCCCCGCCCUCUGCGCCCGCCACGCCGCCCCCUGGAUCGCCCGCGAGCUCCGCCGCUGGCGCGUCGACGAGCGCGCCUACCGCGCCUGGGCCCGCCGGCCCCUCCGCGAGAAGACCACCCUCACCGACCGCUUCCUCGACAACGUCGGCCGCCCCCCACCGAGGAAGGGCGGCGCGCCAGCGGACGGGUCUGGAUCCUCCAAGCUGUGA